AUGUCUCGUGAAAUAAAGGGAGAAGGCAAUGCGGAUUCCCGCUCAACCCAGCAGCCGGUGUUGAUCUACAGUCCACCGACUGAGGAGACGCUACUGCUGGACGUCAACCCUGUGGUGCGGUGCCCGUUGCUACUUCUGAACCUUAUGCUGUGGUUCAUGGGCGCUUUCCUCAUGCUGGCCGCAGUGAUGUUGUUAGUGGAGUCGUGGGACUCGGAAGAGGACGAACGCAUCCUGGAACAACUGGAUAUUUCCGGAAUGCUGUUGUCGCAUAUGGAGACGCUGCUGUUCGCGUUCGGGUUUGCACUGUUCACGAUCAGUUCGUGCGGCUGUGUCGGAGCAUUGCGCGAAAACACCUUCCUGCUGAAAAUGUACUCUUACGCACUAACCACUCUGAUCGCCAUCAACUUCGUGCUCGGCAUCCUGGUCUUCUUCGUGCCAGGUACCAUCAAGACCGUAAUAAGGACCACCAUGUCCGACAGGCUGGUGGUUCACUACCGUGACUCCCAGGAUAUACAAGACUUGGUCGACGCAAUACAGCGCUUCCUCAAGUGUUGUGGCAUGACACACCGAAACUUUCGCGACUGGGACAAUAACAUCUACUUCCAAUGUGACGUGACCAACCCGAGCCACGAGCGUUGCUCGGUACCACAUUCGUGCUGCCGAUCCGAGUCGACUUCCACGGGCAUCUUCUGCGGACGGAACGUGCUGAACCUGUCCGACCACGACGCUUGGUUCCGCGUGCACACGGGAAGCUGUCCUGACGCGACAAACCGCUACGUGAAGGAGCACGUCAUGGUCAUCGGAGGCAUCUGCCUCAUCGCCGUUAUUGUGCUUGCCUUCAUCGACAUGGUCACGAACGCCGUAAUUGACGAGAUCGACAUCAUCCGCAGGAUAUACGACCACGUCAGGCGUAGUUCUCCUGGGAUGUCGCAAGUCUCAACAUCCUAA